AUGCCACCACCAAAUCCAUUAUCACCCAAGCGUCCACCCCCCUCAGCCCAGUACCCAAUCAAGGCCGCCGAACCCAGACACGGCGCGUCCUUCGACCCCUGGAACUUGUCGUCGACAGGCCAUCAGCGUGCCGAGAACAGGCUCGGGGCCAGCACGGAAUGGCGCGAAUCGCGCACUGCAAAACUACAGUCACAGUUCCGCGGCGGGGCCUCAGGCGGCCAAGCUCGCAUAUCCGACUCCAUAGGCACUGGAGCAAAGGACUGGGAUCCUAAAGUCAAGGCGCUGGUCACGCCCGAAGUGCGUGCCAGAGCCAGGAGCUCCGUUUUGGAUAUGUUGGCAAAGCCAGGGACGAUGAAGGCGAGCUUGGCUGAGUUUGGUGGCGGGGCGGCUGGGAAGGAAGGUAGCAAUUUGGAGUUGGGGGAAAGAUUGACGGAGGAGGAGAAGUUUGCGCGGAGGCGGAAGGUGGAGGAUGAGAGGAGCGAGAGGAAGACGGAGGAGAAAGGGGUUGAGAGGAGGAAGAUGCUUGAAGGGGUCAUGGUUUAUGUCAAUGGGAGCACCCACCCGCUUAUUUCAGAUCAUAAGCUCAAGCAACUGUUGGCGGAGAACGGGGCACGGAUGUCGAUUCGUCUUGGGCGGAGGCAGGUCACGCAUGUCAUUCUUGGGCGGCCGGCGAGUGGAGGUACAGGAGCGGGGGGUGGGUUGGCGGGUGCGAAGUUGCAGAGGGAAAUCCAGAAGGUUGGAGGUUGCGGGGUGAAGUACGUUGGUGUUGAGUGGAUUCUUGAGAGUAUCAAGGCUGGGAAGCGCUUGCCCGAGGCGAGAUUCAGCAACUUGAAGCUCGCAGCAAAGGGGCAGAAGAGUGUCUUUGGAUGGUAUUCAAAGCCAGGGGCGUCCAGGUCGACGAAUCGUUUUGCCCGAGGCAAGACAUCAUACGCCUCAGAGCAGAAAUACGCUUGUUCUCUUGCCGGAAACAGCAUACAUGGAGAUCACGAGAUAGAUAUGAUAGAGCACGUUGGACGGCUUUUCCUAACGAAUAAUCUAACAGGCUAUGUAGCGUAA